AUGGAGGACGACCGUAACCCUCCGUUGAAUCAUGAUGGGGUUAUUCCACCACCACAACCACCACAUGAUGGCCUAGCUCUUAAUAGAGCAAACGAAAGGGUUGUCCCUCAUCCGGAAAGACGUACCUUGGGAGAGUUCUUCUUACCCAACGUGGAUAACGCCAACUAUGGAUGUUUUGCACCUCCUAUCCUCGCUAACAACUUUGAAAUCAAGCCGGGAACGAUUCAACUACUUGAAACGAGGAUGACCAAGGAAAUCAUAGAUUUUCUCCAAUUACAUGGUGAAUCUCUAUACCAAGUUUGGGAACGCUUCAAAGAGCUUCAAAUAAAUUGUCCGCAUCAUCACCUAGGUAGAGAACACCUUAUCUCUAUCUUCUACAAUGGUACCAAUGAGCGUACACGGACAACUAUCGAUGAAGCAUCGGGAGGAUCACUUAUGAAGAAGACUUAUGAUGAGGCCAACAAUUUGCAAGAGGAACUCGCUACAAAUAGUUGUUCUUGGGCAAACUUGAUAAGUGGAAGCAAUAAUGCACAUUCAUGGAGGAUUUUCACGUACAAGGAGUUGCAUACUGCAACUAAUGGUUUCAGUGAGGAUAACAAGCUUGGUGAAGGUGGUUUUGGCAGUGUCUAUUGGGGUAAAACUUCCGACGGUCUUCAGAUAGCGGUGAAAAAGUUGAAAGCAAUGAAUUCAAAAGCAGAAAUGGAAUUUGCAGUGGAAGUAGAAGUUCUUGGAAGGGUUAGGCACAAGAAUUUAUUGGGGCUAAGAGGAUAUUGUGCUGCAACUGAUCAACGGCUCAUAGUGUACGAUUACAUGCCUAAUCUAAGCUUAUUGUCUCAUCUCCACGGUCAAUUUUCUUCUGAUGUUCACUUAGAUUGGAAGAGGAGGAUCAACAUUGCUAUUUGUUCUGCUGAAGGCCUUUUGUACCUACACCAUGAGGUUACACCACACAUAAUUCAUAGAGACAUAAAGGCAAGCAAUGUGCUAUUAGACUCAAAUUUUGAGCCAUUAGUGGCAGAUUUUGGAUUUGCGAAGCUAAUACCAGAAGGUGUAAGUCACAUGACCACAAGAGUUAAGGGCACAUUAGGUUACUUAGCCCCUGAAUAUGCAAUGUGGGGCAAAGUUUCAGAAAGUUGUGAUGUUUAUAGCUUUGGAAUUCUCUUACUCGAAAUUCUCACCGCAAGAAAACCUAUCGAAAAGCUUCCGGGUGGCGUAAAAAGAACAAUUACUGAAUGGGCUGAGCCAUUGAUCAUUAAAGGAAGAUUAAAAGACCUUGUUGAUCCUAAACUUAGAGGCAAUUUUGAUGAAAAUCAGCUUAAACAAGCUAUUAAUGUUGCAGCCUUAUGCGUGCAAAAUGAACCCGAACGACGCCCUAACAUGAAGGAAGUUGUUAGCAUGCUAAAAGGGUACGAUCCUAGAGGUCAAAUUAUGCAAUCAAGGAUUGAAAGUGCUAAGUAUAAGGAAGAAUUACUCGUAUUUGAUCAAACUAGCGAUGACGAUGAUGGUGGUGGUGAUCGACAUGGAGAUGACGAUGUUGAUGAUAGCGAGUAUGGUGUCUUUGGUACUAUGGAAGUUCCGAAAAUUAUUGAUCCUUAUAAGCGUUUCGGAGGUAAUAUGAAAAUGAGUGAAACUCGAACUCGAAACUAGUGAGGAACGUUGCUACUCGAUCUCCAUUUAUAUUGUCUAUAUGGACAUGAACUUAUAUUUUUGAUUAUGGU